AUUUCGAAACUAUGAGUCGUAGAACGAAGUUAGAAGACGCCCACGGUGCUACUGAAGUUUACACUGUGGCAUCGCGUUGUGUGCCAGUUUUAACAACGAUCUCGUGAAAAAGUGACGAAGACUAUUCAGGUAAACGAAAAACGACUGACUUCCAAAAAUGGCUAGAUUAGUUAAUAAACAGUUCAAUUCUCCAAUUGGCUUAUAUUCUCAACAAAAUAUACAAGAUGUGAUCGAUAGAGAAUCUCAAAUGUUGUCAAAUGGAGCAGUAGGAAUUGAUUUUAAUAAUCCGAAUGUUGGUAAACCAUCGAAUUUGAAAAAUUCGGCUGUUUUAAGAAUGCUGGAGGAAGAAGAAAGACAUGGUUCUAGAACGGGUGUCAAACGGGUAGCUUGGCCACCACCGCACGAAACUGAUACAAACAGUCCACACCUGGACCAAUCAACAGAAGGUGGCCCCCGAUAUCCUCCUCUUCAAGCUUCUAACUACCAACAACCAAAAUCAAACGCUCCUUUGAAAUUGGAUGUAUCCAUUUCCCAAAGUAGUGUACCGUCUGCAAUAUCUCCUUCGUCUAACCAAAGUCCUUUGGGUUAUAAAGCUCCAGUCGCCAACAGAGGCUGGGCUCCUGUACAAUCUCCAGUCAAUGCGCCAAAACAAUCUCCUUGGAACCAAAAUGAUUCCAAGAAGUGGCAAACUCAAUAUCAACCAACACAGCAGCAAUAUAUCGAAAAUGUUCAAGAGUUUAGUACUAAUUACGGCCAACAGGUCUCUAAGCAAGAUCAAUAUCAAAACCUAUACAACCAGUAUCAAUCUACUGAAAUAAAUUCUGCACAACAACGUCAAUACUUUUCAAAUCCUACACAAUAUCCCUCUCCGCAACGUGAACCCUCUCUACAGUCUUCUUACGGGCAAGGUGGUCCAGUUCAGACGAAUCCGCCAGCAUCAAAAUUUGUUGAACCCCCACCUACAUCUAUCACACUUCGCUCGCAAGUUCCAGUCAAUCAGGUCCCGUCUCCGAUAUUCACAUCUCAACCAGCUACGACGACGCUAAAAGGUGGCAAACAUCUCCGAGGUGACUUGAAAUGGCCUCCAGAAAGUGUCAAACUUCAAGCAGAAGAAGAAAAUAGACUACGAUUAGAAUUGGCCAAAGGACCUGUGUGUAGGCCACGUAAAGUUAAACGGGAUUAUACGUCAUUUUUUCAACAACACGCUUUGAACUUCAGUUAUCCCGGGUAUAAAGUUCCUCCAGGUACUCAAUUCUACAGGGCAGAAUAACAAGAUGAUUAAUUUAUAAGGCCCUAUGUUCAAUUGCAAUUCUAAAGAGGGCGGAAUAACUCUGAAUCAAUUAAUUUCACUUGAAUUAUUGAUUUUGAGAGCUUCUUAAAUCGAUUUAUAAAUAUAAAAGCAUUAUUUCUGUCCCAUUUAGAUGUUUUAAAAAAGCAGCUGUUUUAUAAUAUUUUUUUCAUGAAUUAGAUAUACGAUUUUUAGUAUUUAUAGCUUUAUUUGAAUGGCUUUUGUAAAAACGUGUGGCAAAACUAUAACAACCUAACUUGAAUUCUAUUUUCAAUUUGUUCAUACUUAAAAAACGAACAGCUUUCUGAGCAAAGUUGAUUUCUACUUUGCACAACGUUUUUCUAAAUAUAUUUAAACAGUGACGUGUUUUACUCAGAAGGAAUGAUUUAUUGACGUGCAAUUCUAUGAAUAUAUAUUUGAUAAAAAUUUUACUAUGAAAAAUGCUAGGCAAUCUCGAAGCUAGUACUUUCACCACAUCCUUAAAAGCAAACUUUAACUUCGUAGAUAAAAUAUCAUUAUCACAUAUAGCUUAAAAAAUAAAGACGCUCGUUUAACAAAGACAGUUUCGUUUGAGGAGAUCAUUAACAUAAUACCCAACUGUCAAGUGGUAAUCGGUUAUUAUAAGCAAUAACGUUUCUACCGAAUAAAAUUCGUCGUUGAAUACGAUAUAACAACAAUCUAUAGUUUCUUCACCAAGGAGAAGAGCAAUACAUAAUUGCCUUUGUAUCCUCUUUUCUUUUUAAACCAUUGAUCAACAAUUCGGUGCGUAUUAGUUAAAUGGUCUUCGGUUGAUUAAUUGGUCUUCUUCAUUUUAUUUCUUCUCAUUACACACUCAUGAGUGUUACUGCAGUAUAGUUAAAAAGGCGGACUAUUUCGCAAUGGGAUUAACUAACGUCUUCCUAGGCCUUAAUUGUAUUUUUGUCAAUCGGAUUUCUUCAGAAAAACAUCAAACGUUAAUCAUAGGUUGUUUGAAAUAUGAUCAUGAUAUAACCCAAAAUCCAAGGACAAAAAAUGAUUCCUUCUGGGUGUACGCCCCUUAUACAUCACUGAGUAUAGAUGUGCUGCUUUGAAAAUGUAUACUUUGAUUUCGUAUUUCAUAUCCCAUUGCAGCAAUGUUUUUAUGUAAAAAAACGUAAAUUAAAUGGCGUGUAAAAAAUUAUUUAUCACUUAUUUCUUUAUUUGUAAAUUUGAAAUACUUAUAUAAUUCAUUCUUAAUGCCAAACGACUAAAAUAGUGUUUGUUUUAAUACGCUAUCACAUUCUUUGGAGUGAAUAUAACAAUACAAAAAAUAUGUAUAUAUGUAUAUAAUAAACAUUGUAACAAACGACAUCUGUUGCAUUUAAUUUUCCUUUCACCUCAAAGAUAGUUGUAUCAUAUGAUGAAAGAGAUACAGAUAAUUUCUAAUUCCAAAUAAAACUUUCACCAUCAAUCUGAAUACGAUGUUUAGCAACUAAGUUCUGGAAAUGUACCAAUAAACGAUAAGAAAAAAAAGUUUGACUCAUUUUUUAAUCCAUCGCGAUUACGAGUCUGACAGUAAACAUCGUUUUUCAAAGUUGACAUUGCCGAGUUCAAGAUGUAGGACUCGUCUUUGAAUAGUUAAGUUCUGGAUCAAAUCCGUCACUUACCAGAGCCGCUUUGAAUCUUCUACCACUACUAAUUCUUAUCGGACGUUUCCAACUCGCGAUCCUGUAGUUCGGCUUUCAGUUUGAUUAAUUUCAGGUCAUCAAGUCUUUUAACCAUGUUCAUGUCACUAUUUAUUCACAAUACACCACAGGGAAUUCGGAAACCCGGAAAAAUUCACAAAAUAAUAUCAAUACGUUAGAUUUGUGGUAUCAACACAUCAAAAAAUACAGAAUGAUUUCCAAAUUAUGGAGCCUUCUUGAACCUGGGGCUAUAGCCUCCCCAAGCCGCUGGCUUAAUCCGGCACUACCUGGGUCUUUCACAGCUCCCCUUUAGGCCUGCAGCGCCCACAAGGGGGCGAUAAUGGCCACCUUGGAAAAGACUGCUAUAAAGGUAACAAAAUCAAGUACGUAUUGAAUUAUUGAAAUUAUUUCUAUCAGAAAAGAAAAUUAGAAAAUCCAAAAAAUGUUUUAAGCUAAUAAAAAAGGUUGAUUUUUUGAAAAAAUUUGAACAUGAUAACUUAGUAAUGUAAAUACGUAUCAGAAAGUGUAAUUGUUAGAGUUAGUGUAGUGGUAUUAAUUCCUAUGAAAAGUUUGUGAUAAAAUCGGAAAUUGUUGUUAGCAAAAAUAAAACAAAUACAUUUUUA